CUAAAAUCAGACAGAAAACAAGAAGUAGUUUAUCUGCCAACAAACAAACACUACACUGCUCUCUGGUUUGGUAUCUCCGCCUUCUCCACGCUCUUUAAAGAGACGGACCUCUCAAAGCUCAUUCCCUCGUUUCCUCCUCCUCCCUUCAAAACCCUAGAAACUCGGUCAAAUCCUUCACAUUUGUUCCAAAUUAAUCAAAUCUAUGGCUUCAAUUUCUCUUUCAAUCUCAUCGCCAUCGUCAAUUACUGCUAGAUCUAAUCGUACUUCCAUUAAUUCUUCUACUAGUUCAAAUUCAAUUAAUCUUCGGUUCUGUGGAUUAAGAAGAGAAGUUUUAGGUUUCUCUUCUUUAAAACAAUCUUGUUCUUCUACUAAUAUUCGUUCUGUUAGACAACAGUAUUCUACAAAGAUUUCGGCUUCUUCUUCGAGUAAUGGAAGUGCAAAUGGUAAAGGUUUUGAUUAUGAUCUUGUGAUUAUUGGUGCUGGUGUUGGUGGUCAUGGUGCUGCGUUACAUGCCGUUGAAAAGGGAUUGAAAACUGCCAUUAUUGAGGGAGAUGUCGUGGGAGGAACUUGUGUUAACAGAGGUUGCGUUCCUUCUAAAGCUCUACUUGCUGUGAGUGGUCGGAUGCGUGAGCUUCAGAAUGAGCAACACAUGAAAGCUUUUGGUCUACGGGUAAUGGAUAAUUGUUUUGUUGCAAGUGUGAAGGUUUCAGCUGCUAGUUAUGAUAGGCAAGCAGUUGCCGAUCAUGCAAACAAUCUUGCUUCAAAAAUACGUAAUAAUUUGACUAACUCAAUGAAGGCUCUUGGUGUGGACAUAUUGACAGGCUAUGGCUCCGUUGUAGGUCCACAAAAAGUGAAAUAUGGAGACACUGUUAUAACCGCCAAAAAUAUAAUUAUCGCUACAGGUUCUGUUCCGUUUGUACCUAAAGGUGUUGAGGUUGACGGGAAGACUGUCAUUACCAGUGAUCAUGCACUCAAGCUGGAGACAGUGCCCGAUUGGAUAGCUAUUGUAGGCAGUGGUUACAUUGGGCUUGAAUUUAGUGAUGUGUACACUGCGCUUGGAAGCGAGGUUACUUUCAUUGAAGCAUUAGAUCAGCUAAUGCCUGGUUUUGACCCUGAAAUUGGAAAGCUGGCUCAACGAGUACUCAUAAACCCACGGAAAAUUGAUUACCACGUUGGUGUAUUUGCAAGCAAGAUUACUCCAGCAAAGGAUGGAAAACCUGUACAGAUUGAGCUUAUUGAUGCUAAAACAAAGGAACAUAAAGAGACCUUGGAGGUAGAUGCUGCACUCAUAGCUACUGGAAGGGCUCCAUUUACAAAAGGGCUUGGUCUGGAGAAUAUUAAUGUAGAAACACAAAGGGGUUUUGUUCCUGUUGAUGAGCGAAUGCAAGUAAUUGAUAUGGAUGGCAAGUUGGUUCCUAAUUUAUACUGCAUUGGUGAUGCGAAUGGAACAUUGAUGCUUGCACAUGCGGCAAGUGCACAAGGGAUUUCAGUUGUUGAACAAGUCACUGGUAGGGAUCAUGUGCUAAACCAUUUAAGCAUUCCUGCUGCUUGCUUCACCCAUCCUGAGAUCAGUUUUGUUGGCUACACAGAGCCUCAAGCAAGGGAGAAAGCUCAAAAGGAGGGAUUUGAAAUAAGUAUUGCAAAAACAAGUUUCAAGGCCAACACAAAGGCCCUAGCAGAGAAUGAAGGCGAAGGACUUGCUAAGUUGAUAUACAGACCAGACAACGGUGAGAUUCUUGGAGUUCAUAUUUUUGGUAUGCAUGCAGCAGACCUCAUCCAUGAAGCAUCCAAUGCAAUUGCGAUGGGAACCCGAAUUCAGGACAUUAAAUAUGCUGUCCAUGCGCACCCAACACUGUCUGAAGUGCUUGACGAGCUUUUCAAAUCAGCCCAUGUAAAUGCUAAUGUUACCAGUCAAGUGAGAGAACCAGUAGCAGCGUAGGCUAUUCAGAAACUUUUGGUAUUAAUCUAGUGAGGAUAUUUGUGUUAUUAUGGUAGGGAGUCCAAGGAGCCAAAACCUCUCGUGUAGAGAAGAAAGCGACACAUCCGCCUAAAGAGAAGGAAAGUUUACCAGCUUCAUCUGCAAAUUUUCACAGGAAGGAGAUUAUGUGGCAAUUUUUGCCUGUAUUAUUAGUUUUACUCAAUUUGAUUGCACUUUGGAGAUACCUAAUAUCUAGUGUACUUAACUUAUUUAAAUUAAGUCAAUAAGUCAUUGCAUUGGAUUUGAACUCAAGAUUCCAAACCCUAUUAAUAGCUUUCAAAGCUGA